AGUUUCAAAUUAGCCAUAAAUUUUUCAAUAGUAAUUUCGUCCAAAAGGACAAAAUCGGCUACCCCGACCUCGCUGUGUGUAGCCAUGUUUCACUUUACAAUUUGCAACUGACACAAUCCACAACCGACAAAAGUAACAAUUUAACACAAAAUUCUAUGCAAACAUAACCAUGAAAGUAAUUACACUCAGAAUAUAAAUUUAUAAAUUCAUAAUUAAUUAACAAAAUCAAAAUCAAUCGGUUAAUCAAAAUUAUUCCUACAUCACGAAUGCGACUUGUGCAACGUCCGAAGGAAUUUGUAUAAAUACGAGUCAAAGAAAACUAUGGUAGCUUCUGGCACGAUUUCUAAAAACAUGGAUCCAAAGAAUACUCUGUUAAAUGGCUAGGACAGGCUUAUUAGUUAUUACCAAUUUAUCGAGGCUAUCACAAGUGUUAUCUGCAGCAAGGCAUCAUGUAAAUAAAACGUUAUAUGUUCAUCUUUAUCCUGGAUACCGAAACACAAAUGUAUUGAAAUCUCCUCCUUAUUAUACUCGUGCUGUGAGCACAGUAUAUUCACAGGCAGUUAAACAUUGUGGAAACAUCGAUGUAAGGAUACUCAUCUCAUCACUGAAAUAUCCAGAAGCUAACAUUGAACUUCAAAAACCUGUGGAAGUUGUUAUGUUUGAUAAUGCCUUUACCAAAACUGAAACCAAAGACUUUCUUUCUAAUUGCUUGAUAAAAGAUGUACCAGUAAUUGUUCUACAUGACAAAACAGAAAUUGCUCAAGGUUUUAAUGAACUUUGCGAUUCAGCAGUAGAACCAGUAAUGCAUAACAAUGUUGUUCUUGGGGGCACAUUUGAUAGAUUGCAUGUAGGACAUAAGAUACUACUUUCUGAGGCCAUCUUACGAGCUAAUAAAAGGGUUGUUGUGGGAGUUACUGAAAAUAAUAUGCUAAAAUCAAAAACUCUUUAUGAACUAAUUCAGCCUAGCUCUAAAAGAAUGUCUGAUGUCCAAGAAUUCAUGCAGGAUGUAGAUAGCACUUUAAUGUAUCAAAUUGUGUCAAUAAAUGAUCCGUUUGGUCCCACAAAAACUGAUCCUGAUAUGCAGCUAAUAGUAGUAAGUUCAGAAACUUUAAAAGGUGGUCUUAAAGUGAACGAUGUAAGAUUGGAGAAUGGUCUGUGUCAUUUAAAAAUACAUUGUAUUGAUCUUGUGGAAGGAUUUGACAAUGGAGAGGGAAAAGAACAUAAACUUUCCAGCAGUAAUCAGAGAAUGAAUUUACUAGGUACAAGACUUAAAGAACCUAAGGAUAAUCCACUACUACCAAAAAAGCCAUAUCUCAUAGGAUUUUGUGGAGGUAUAGCUUCUGGAAAAUCUUCUGUUUGUCAGAGACUUCGUAAACUGGGAGCUGGUUACAUAAACUGCGAUACCUUGGCACAUGAUUUAUAUGAACCAGGUCAAAAAUGCCACUAUUUAUUAAAACAAGAAUUUGGUUGUGAAAUAUUUGAUGAGAAAGACAAUAUUGAUAGAAAAAAGCUUGGUGCUAUUGUAUUUGCUGACAAGAACAAACUCAAUACACUAAAUUCAAUUGUGUGGCCAGUUCUGAGAACUGAAUUGAGAGAGGCAAUUUCAAAUAUGAGUUAUGAAAUGGAAUCUGAAAUAAUUGUGGUUGAAGCUGCUGUGUUAUUACAAGCUGGUUGGGAGAAUGAAUUUCACGAGAUAUGGUCUUGCAUCAUAUCAGAGAAAGAAGCUAUCAAGAGACUUCAAGAUAGAAACAAAUUGAGUGAAGCAGAUGCUAUUGCAAGGAUUUCGGCACAACCUGAUAACAAUGAAUUUGUAUCAAAAUCUAAUGUUGUUUUUUGUACAUAUUGGAGUAGGGAUUACACACAAACACAAGUUGAGAAAGCAUGGUCACUCUUACAGAAAAAGUUGUCCAAGUUAUAACAUUAGACAAAAGAGCAAUUUUUAAUAUGUG